AUGGUUGCUGAACAGAGAAUUCGAACGAAUUUGCCGGAGCAGCUGCGCUGGUUGGGCAGUUGCCAGACUUGGGCGGAGGCGUUCGGAAAAGGGCUGGAUCUGGAGGCACUGAAUCGGAGGUCGAGGUCGAGCUCCGUGGAGGAGUUGAACGAGCUCAGUCUUGAUAAAGACUGGCGUCCUUUGUGGCGACGCGCUGCGGCUGGUCAGCUCAAUGGUGGAGAGCUGGUGGAACCACGGCCUCCAAAAGUCCGAACCACCGCAGCUUCCGUCACAGAGCAGCGCCCCGUGUGGAACGGAGCAGCGCAGCCCACGCCUCCCGCGCAGCCAACACCGCCUGUUCCGCCGGUUCCGGUGCCGAGCGCCCGCGGAGCAGAGGCACUCAAUGCAGGUGCUUGGCGUGCGCCGCCAUCAGCAUCCUUGGCACCAGGCCUUGCAGUGCGGCUAGGGCCGCAGGCGCUGCAGGGUGGGCCCAAGGGUUGGGCUGGAGGCUUCCCCUGGGAUGCAGAAGUGGAACGUGCUCGAGCUGAGCGCUUUGGCGUCCCAAGCUUUCGUCCGCAGCAGAGGGAGGCGAUCAAUGCUUGCCUGGAUGGUAGGGAUGUCUUUGUGCGGAUGCCGACUGGAGGAGGCAAGUCCUUAGUCUACCAGAUUCCAGCCUUGAUCUGUCCCCUUGUGGUGGUGAUCAGCCCGUUGGUGUCUUUGAUCCAAGACCAAGUGCAGGAGUUGAUUCAGCUCGGAAUCGGCGCCUCUGCCGUCCGCUCCCGCGACGAGUCCGGGGACACGGUCCAAACGGUGACCAAGAAAAUGCUCUCUGGCGAACUCCAGAUCGUCUACGUGACCCCUGAGAUGAUACACCAAAGCAGCAUCUUGCAGAAGACCUUGAGGAGUUUGUAUGAGGAGGAGCGCCUCAAGAGGUUUGUGAUCGAUGAGGCGCAUUGCUUGAACCUGUGGGGCAACGAGUUCCGGGAGAGCUACUUGCAGCUGAAGAAUCUGAGGACCUCAUUCCCAAAUGUGCCCAUCUUGGCUUGCAGCGCCACUGCGACUGAGGAGAUCAUCCAGAGCGUCUUGAAGCAGCUGAAGAUGGCAGAGGACUCCAUGGUCUUCCUGUCGCCAGUGGAUCGGCCCAAUCUGGAAUUCAAGGUGCUGCCUAAGAGCAAGAAGACUGUCAUCCGCGACAUCGCUGAGAUCAUUCGCCAGUUUCCAGGCAGGUCUGGCAUCAUCUACUGCUUGAGCAGGCAGAAUUGCGAAGAUGUGCAGCAAGAACUGGCCCAGCUGCAGAUCCGUGCUGAGGUCUACCACGCGCACGUGCCGCCACACGAACGUGCCGCAGUGCAACAGCGCUGGAAGUCUGGGGAGACGCCCAUCAUCGUGGCGACCAUCGCCUUCGGCAUGGGCGUCAACAAGCGUGAUGUGCGCUUCGUCAUUCAUCAUUCCUUUCCCAAGUCCUUGGAAGGAUACUACCAGGAAGCAGGGCGAGCGGGGCGGGAUGGCUGUCCAUCGGACUGGGGGACUGGGGCGUUAGCUAUAGUUGAUGGUUUCAUGUAUUUGCUUUCCCUGCAUCUCUUCAGGGUGCUAAGUCUGUUGCCGAAGGCAUUUUUACAGGCAAGUCAUUUGCACCCUUUGUGCUUUCUUGCUUGUGUAUGCCGGUCUCCGUGA